AUGGAUUUACUACCAAAUGUUCAAAAAUCUUUACGUGAUAGUAAACUUGAAUGUGGUGAACGAAGUUCUAUAAUUCCCACUAUUAAUUAUUGUUCUACUACUUUGGUCGUAAAGAACGAUGGAACACUUGAAAGAAAUUUUUUAUCAUGGUUGCGUACAAGUACAGCUUUAAUAUUAACAGGACUUUCAUUAUGUUUUCGAUUUCGUUUAAUUCCUCAAUCAACUGUAACUCCAAUUUAUGAAAAUCCAAAUCCAUUAGGUAUCUUAUUAAUAUUUACUGGAUUAUUUGUUCUUUUAUGGUCUAUUAUAAAUUAUUUUCGAUUUCAAAAAAUGUUGGAAAAGAAAAUUGCUAUUGUAGAGAAUGGAAAAUUUAAUUUUUUUGUAAUUACUUUUAUUGGUUCAUUAAUAUUUAUGUCAUUAUUUACAAGUAUUAUGUAUGUUAAUAAUGCAAAAGAAAAUACUAAUGAUGAAAUUGAAAAUGAUGGACUUAUGGGAUUUUUGUAA